UCCAUAUCUGCAAAUGGUUCUUUCUCUUUAUCCAUUUCCUGCUGCGCAAGUUGUGUCGUAAGGUUUUGAUGCAUGGUGGUAUAUAACGUGAUGGUGUCGUGCAUGCGUGCAGGCGGGAGAGAUCAAGGUGGGAGCGUGGGGUGGCAACGGAGGGUCUGCAUGGGAUAUGGGGGCUGCCUACCGCAUCACCAACAUCAAGAUUCGCGCCGGAGAGGUCAUCGACAGCAUCGUGAUCACCUUCACCCGUAAUGGUCUUCGGGACACCGAGAGCUUCGGUGGCACCGAGGGCAAACUCUACGAGAUUCCUCUGCAAGAGGACGAGUAUCUUGUGGGCGUCGACGGGUCUGUGGAUACGAUAUUGGGAAUCACUCUGGUGAGGAACCUGACGCUGAGGACCAAGAAAAGCUAUGGACCUUUCGGCACCAGUGGCAGAAAACCUUUCUCCGUUCCUGUAGUCUCGGGAAAGAUCAUUGGCUUCUUUGAACGUGCGGGUACCAUGAGGUGGUCUGCAUGGUAGGAGAGGUAUGUUUGUGAAAAGGAAAGACAUACUCAACAAAAAUAACGUAACGCGAUAUAAAAAUUUUGUGAGUGUGGAGAUUAUAGCAGUGGAAAGUAUUAUGUUCAAAAGAGUAAUCUAUACAAACACAAGGAUUAGAUCGUGAUGUUAACUUGUGAAAGGUAUAGGGAUGCAACCAUGGAUAACAUAGACAAUCAAAUACUCUAAGUUUACGAAGGUUUGAGGGUUUGUGAAAUAAUGUGUCAAAUGGGGAUUGGUAUUGUAGGACUAGUGUAGACAUUCUAUUAAUAAGGUAGACGAUAGUUUGAAAGGAUUCCAUCCAAAAGUUUGAAGGCAUAGAGACCUGAUGGAGAAGUGUGAGCCCAGUUUCUACUAUAUGCUGAUGUUUGCGUUCAGCGGAGCCAACAAGUUGAGGAGUAUGCAAAGGAGACUUGAGAUGUUGAUACCACAAGCUGAGAGAUAAGAUGUCAGGGCUUGAUAUUCACCACCACCAUCAGAGUAGACCAUUUUGAUGGUAGACUGAAAGUGGUUUUCGACCAGCUUUCGAAAAGUGGGAAAGACGAUCGAAACGUCAAAUUUAUGGUGAAGAGGAUAUAACCAUGUAUACUUAGUGAAGUGAUCUACAAAAAUGACAUAAAAUCUGAAUUUAUCAAAAGACAAGAUUGGGGUAGGGCCCCAAACAUCUAUAUAAAUGAUUUUAAAUUGUUUAUAUGUGGAAAUGGAAGAUGGGCCAAAUGGCUGUCGAUAACUUUUAUUACUAAAACGUGCAUCACAAUGCAUUAUAGAACUAUGUGAUUUAGAAAUAAGAAGAGAGAAACUAGAAAGUAAUUUGUGCUGAAUAAGGGACGAGGGAUGACCAAGACGAUGAUGCCACAUAUCAACUGGAGCCACAAAGAAGGAAUGAACAGUGGGCUAGGUUAUUUGUGGAGCUGACAGCCAUUCGUAAAUGUUUCCUCUAUUCGGGCCCUGGACCAAGGAUGCCCCCGUGCUCAAGUCCUUAACAAGAAAGGAAUCAGGAAAGAAUUCAAUUAAAGUAUUGCUAUUUUUGCAAAAUUAAGAAACAGAAAUAAGGUUGUGUUUAAUAUUAGGGCACAUAAAACAUCAUCGAGUGUAAAUGUAGUAGUAUCAGAAGUAAACGUUGUGGAACUAGUAUGACUUAUAGGAAGGUCGUUAUCGUCACUGAUGUUGAUAUCUUCAUCGCCACCAUAGAGAUUAUGGAAAGGCAAAUUCUAAAGAUCAGAGAUGAUGUGAUAGGAGGUACUAGAGUCCACAAUCCAGUUGGGCUGGCUAGUCAUCGGAGUAGUAAGGAGAUUUACUUGAGGCUAGUGUGACGGAGUAGGAAGGCGGGGUCGAGACCGACAAACUUUAGCGGAGUGUUCGAUUUUAUCACAUAGUUGGCAGACUACCCAUCGUUGGUGGCUUAAAGGGGCAGGAUGCUAGGUGGACGAGUAUUGAAGUUGCCACUUUGCGAGAAGUUAGGAGGAUAAGGGGGUGUUGCAUGGGACCCAUAGGAUCAAGAAUACCUUUGGUGAUGUUCGGAGGGUACCUAGUGUUCUUCUUCUUAGACUUAUAACUGACUUGAGUUGUGAUAGAUGGUCCGGGGAGUUUGUCCGCAUGCUUCAAAUAUAUCUCAUAGUUAGUCAACUUGUCAUAGAGUCCUUUAAAGGAGACUGGUGAGUCGCGUGCCCGAAUUACAGCAGCCAAUUCCUUGUAGUCAUCUCCAAGACCAUUUAGGGUAUGAAUGAUGUCUCCUCAUCAUAUAAGGAAUGACCUAUCAAAGUCAAGUCAUCGAUGAUAACUUUGAUAUUUUGUAGAUAAUCAAUGAUAGUUUCCCUCUUGUUUGGUCACCAUCAGCUUGGAUAGAAGACUGAGCUUGCGAGCACGCAAAUGAUUCGCCAAGGUUGAUUGCAGUUUAGACCACGCAUUGGCAGUUGUCAUACAUGCAGAAAUCAAUGGAGCGACAAAUCCAACAACUAAGGCUUGAAUAGCUUUGAGGAUGAGACGAUCUUGACGCAGCCACAGUUUGUGAGCUGGAUUAGGUACUGGACUACGUUCUCCAGGGAUGUUGAGCAUGGUUGGCGGACAACUGAAGGAGCCAUCAACGUAACCUAGCAAAUUGAGCCCGCUAGGAUGCAUAGUUGCCACCCUUUGAUAACUUAAAAGGGAUUAGUGUUGUAGCAUUGAUGGAGAUAAGCCCUGUAGGAGAAGAACUAUAAGUAGAGUAGUUGGAAGAUGGACGAAGUGGGGGAGGAAAUGAGUGAGAAGAGUAGUUGGAAGAUGGAGGAAGUGGGGGAGGAAAUGAGUGAGAAGAGUAGCUACUGCUGCAGCUGCAAAUCGCUGUGGCUGCAGAAGCUGCUACAGCUGCUGAAGACUACUGCUGCAGUGAAGAUUGCUGCAACAGUGAAGACUGCAGCUGCUACAGAUUGUUGCGGCUGCGGCUGUAGAAGCUGCUGAAAACUCCUGCUGCAGCAAAGAUUACUGUGGCAGCGAAGACUGCUAUGGCAGAGAAACUGCGGCAGGGAGCCUGGAAGCGACCAUAGCAGAGGAAGCUGCCACCAUGACAAAGAAUACUGGUGGCGGCUGGUGCUACGAAGGUAGCGGUUUGGGCAAAUGGAGGAUGGCGGCCACCACGGCAGCGUAGUGGACGUGAAAGUAGGCGAGGUUCUUGCGAGGGCAGGAGGUGGCCGAGCGGUCGGAGAGUUCGGACCAACUGCGGUGCUCCGAGAGGCAGAGGGUGACGGAGUCGAAGAGGCAGAAGAAGAAGCCCACAGGCACCAGAGGAGAGGUAAGCAGUGGCAUUGCCCUUUCCUACCGGACAGGAAAGAGGAGGCGCGGGAGAGGAAUCACCGGUCUUCUAUCUGCAAGUAGCAGUUCUUAUAAAGAUGUUCUUCCCAAUAUACUUGGGCGGAAGGAGAUCUUCCCAAUGGCGAGGAAUCUCGCAGCGGUUCGGGUUGUGGGCCAGGAAGCGGUCGCGGAGUUGAAUAAGUGUGGGAACAUAUUUUGUGGGCAUAAAUACCCUUGUAUUCUUUUAUUCUUUUUGUCCUCACUUUCAAAGAUAUAGAAAACCCGACGUACCACGUGUUGGGCUGGCAGCCCACAGAUUCAGCCCAUAGUGGGCUUGGGCAGCCCACACCCCCUCUUAACCUAACCCUAAUUAAUAUUAGGGGGGUGUGGUGACUGCAUUUUUAGAGGCAGAAAAAGGCAUAAAUAGGGUAGCAACGUGGGAGAAGAAGAGAUAGCCAUGGGAUUCUAAAGAAAAGGAGGAAAACAAGGCAGAAAAGGAAGAGAAAGAAAGGGAAGAAGAUAAUGACAACGCAGAGAGGCUGUUCUCAAUCAUCUAGCAGUGUUCUAUCUCAGGUUAGAUCAAAUCUAUAGUAGACUCUUGCUGUGAUUAUUUGGGGAGGUUUUAGAUAUUGUGGGCAGUGACGUGAUCCUUGUAUCCCAGUAAUUCUCUUGAAAUUAUUGCUAAAGUUUAGGGCAAGAGAUUGAGAUUUGUAUAUUCAUUAUUCUCAUAGUGGAUUAUCUCUAGUUUGCCCCGUGGUUUUUACCCUUCACAUUGGAGGGGUUUUCCACGUAUAUCUUGGUAUUUUGUUUGAUUAUGCUUCCAUUUAAUUCCGCCGCGUAUUAUGGUCUUCUAGUAUUUGUUCAUAUACAAAGGUUAUUCGUGUUUAUAUCCCCAUCAACUGGUAUCAGAGCAAAAGGGGUUUUGGUGAUUUAAUUUUUGUAUUUGAACAUGGAGGCUAGUAAUGUUUCUCGCAUGAUUAGUUUAAAUGGAAACAAUUGGAUGAUAUGAAAACCAAGAAUGGAAGAUCUCUUGUAUUGCAAAGAUUUGUAUGGACCUUUGCAGAAGGAUAGUGCAAAACCCACAACUAUGACAGAUGAUGAGUGGAAGAGGUUAGAUCGAAAAACAAUUGGGUUUAUUAGACAAUGGCUUGAUGAUAGUGUCUUUCACCAUGUUUCUACUGAAAUUUCUGCAUAUUCUCUUUGGAAAAAGUUGGAAAGUCUCUAUGAAAGAAAAACAAUUGGCAAUAAAGCUUUUUUGAUCAGAAAACUUGUAAACCUAAAAUAUAGAGAGGGUGCUUCUAUUGCUAAACAUUUGAAUGAAAUGCAAAGUAUUACUAACCAGUUAUCCUCUAUGAAAAUGUCUCUUGAUGAUGAGUUGCAGGCAUUGUUACUUCUCAGUUCAUUACCAGAAAGUUGGGAGACACUAGUGGUUUCCCUCAGUAAUUCUGCGCCAUAUGGUGUUGUCACUAUGAGUCAAGUAACAAGCAGUUUGUUGAAUGAGGAGUUGAGAAGAAAGAGUUCUGCAACAUCUCAGAAUGAUUCACAGGCACUUAUCUCAGAGAACAGAGGAAGGUCAAAGUUUAGAAGCAAUUCACGCAUGGGUAGAAGCAAGUCAAGAUCAAGAAAAGAUAUUAUUUGCUAUAAUUGUGGUGAGAAAGGACAUUACAAAAACCAUUGUAAGUAACCUAAGAAGAGCAAGAAAAAGGGAAAAGAAGUGGAGUCUAUAGAGUCAAAAGAUAAUAUCACAACUACAAUGCAGGGUAGUGAUUAUUUGUUUUUGUCUCCUUCUGAUGAUAUUUUUUCUUGUGUGUGUCAGGAUCUUAAGUGGGUGAUUGACACAGGUGCUUCUUAUCAUGCUAUACCACGGAGGGAGUUUUUUGCUACAUAUAGGUCUGGAAAUUUUGGUGUUGUCAAGAUGGGCAACUAUGGCACAGCAGACAUCAUAGGCAUGGGUGAUAUCCAUUUAAAGACCAACCAAGGUUGCAAGUUGGUGCUUAAGGAUGUGAGGCAUGUGGUUGACUUGAAGCUGAAUUUAAUUUCAAUUGGAAGGCUAGAUGAUAAAGACUAUGAUAGCAGAUUUCAUAAAGGGCAAUGGAAGCUCAGUAAGGGUUCUCUUGUUAUAGCUAAUGGAAAGAAAUGUCAUACUUUGUACAGGUUGCAAGCUAAAGCUUAUGGUGAGUAGUUAAAUGUUACAGAAAAAGACUUCAGCAUGGAGUUGUGGCAUAGGCGAUUGGGACACAUGAGCGAGAAGGGGCUGCAAGCUCUUUCCAAGAGAGAGGUAUUACCAGACCUCAGAGGUAUACAUCUAAACCCUUGUAUUGAUUGUUUGGCGGGUAAACAACAUAGAGUUUCAUUUGCUAGUCCUGCUUUGUCUAGAAAAAUGCAUGCCUUAGACCGUGUUUAUACAGAUGUAUGUGGUCCUUUGAGGACAAAAACUCCUGGUGGAUCUGUUGAUGUUCUUGGUAUAAGUGGUGCACUUUAUUUUGUCACUUUUAUAGAUGAUUUUUCUAGGAAAGUUUGAGCUUAUGCUUUGAAGACCAAAGAUCAGGUUAUUAAUGUCUUCAAAGAGUUUCAUGCCAGGGUUGAAAGGGAGACAAAAAGGAAAUUGAAAUGCAUAAGAUCAGAUAAUGGUGGUGAGUAUAUAGGAUUAUUUAAUGACUAUUGCAGGUCACAUGGGAUCCAACAUGAGAUGACAGUUCCUAGUACACCUCAGCAUAAUGCAAUUGCAGAGAGAAAGAACCGCACCAUCAUGGAAAAGAUCAGAUGUAUGCUUUCACAAGUCAAGCUACCCAAAAGGUUUUGGGAUGAGGCUUUGAGGACUGCAGUUGAUGUGAUCAACUUAUCACCAUGUACAGCCCUAGAUGGUGAUGUUGUAGAGCAUGUAUGGUUAGGGAAAGAUGUUUCCUACAAGCAUUUGAGAGUGUUUGGUUGUCGUGCAUUUGCACAUGUUCCAGAUAAUGAGAGGUCCAAGCUGGAUGGUAAGACAAAAGAAUAUAUUUUUCUUGGUUACUCACAUGAUCAUUUUGGUUAUAGGCUUUGGGAUCCAGAAAAGCAGAAGGUGUUUAGAAGCAGAAAUGUAGUCUUCUUUGAGGAUCAAACUUUUGAAGAUUUGAAGAAGAAGGCACUAGCCAAUACUUCUGCAGAAGGAUUAGCAGAUUAUGACCCAGUUAUUCCCCCAGUAUAUCAGGGUGAUGAGGGAGAUGUGCAGGAAGAUGGUGUAGAGCCUGGCGUUGAUCUACCUGCAGGACAUGUUGAGCAAGAAGAAGUUGGAGAGCAACUUCCCACAGAACCUCAGUUGAGAAGAUCUUCUAAACAACGUCAACCUUCUAGAAGAUACUCUACAGAUGAGUAUGUGAUGCAUACUGAUGCAGGUAAACCAGAGAGUUACUAGGAAGCAUUUAAAAGUGAGCAGAAAGAGAAUUGCUAUGUAGGAAGAGAUGGAUGCUCUUCAGAAGAACCAUACUUAUGAUUUGAUGCUACUACCAAAUGGAAUGUAGGCUUUGAAGAACAAGUGGGUUUUCAGGUUGAAGACUCAAGAAUAUUGUUCUCAACCAAAGUACAAAGCUAGAUUGGUUGUGAAAGGCUUUGAUCAAAAGAAAGGUAUUGACUUUGAAGAGAUUUUUUCUCCUGUUGUUAAAAUGUCUUCUAUUCGUGUUGCUCUUCGUAUUGCUGCUAGCCAGGACUUGAAGGUUGAGCAGUUAGAUGUGAAGACAGCUUUCCUUCAUGGGGAUUUGGAGGAGGAAAUUUAUAUGGAGCAACCAGAAGGCUUCAAAGUUAAAGGUAAAGAGAACUUUGUCUGCAAAUUGAAGAAAAGCUUGUAUGGGCUAAAGCAAGCUCCACGACAGUGGUACAGAAAGUUUGAUUCAUUUAUGAUAGAAAAUGGAUACAAAAGAACAGCUUCAGAUCAUUGUGUGUACAUCAAAUGGUUUGGUGAGGAUUUUAUUAUUCUCUUACUUUAUGUUGAUGACAUGCUUAUUCUUGGAAAAGAUAUGUCUAAAAUUGACAGAUUGAAGAAGGAACUGAGUGAGUCUUUUGUAAUGAAGGACAUGGGGCCAGCAAAACAAAUACUAGGUAUGCAGAUUUCCCGUGAUAGGAAAAAUAAGAAGAUUUGGUUGUCAUAGGAGAAAUACAUCGAGAAGAUAUUGGAAAGAUUCAGUAUGAGCAAUGCAAAGCCAGUUGGUUCUCCUCUUGCAGGUCACUUCAAGUUGUGCUCAGAACAGAGUUCGUCAAGUGAUGAGGAGAAGGAGAAAAUGCAAAAGAUUCCUUAUGCUUCAGCAGUUGGAAGUUUAAUAUAUGCAAUGGUAUGUACGAGGCCAGACAUCGUAUAUGCAGUUGGUGUUACUAGCAGAUUUCUUACAAAUCCAAGCAAAGAGUACUGGGCAGCAGUGAAGUGGAUUUUUAGAUAUCUCAGAGGGAGCUCUAAGGUUUGUUUAAGCUUUGGAGGUGGACCACAUGUGUUGAUAGGUUACACAGAUGCAGAUGUGGCAAGAGAUAUAGAUACGAGAAAGUCUACUUCAGGUUAUGUACUUACUUUUGCAAGGGGAGCUAUGUCAUGGCAAUCCAGGUUGCAAAGGUGUAUUGCUCUCUCUACCACAGAAGCAGAAUAUAUUGUUGCUACAGAGGUAUGCAAAGAAAUGUUAUAGAUUAAAGAAUUCUUACAAGAAUUGGGGUUGAAAUAGGAAAAUUAUGUGGUGCAUUGUGACAGCCAGAGUGUCAUCCAUUUGUGUAAGAACCCAAUGUUUCAUUCUAAGUCAAAGCAUAUAGAUGUCAGAUACCACUGGAUUCGAAAUGUAUUUGAAGAGAAGUAGUUGCAGCUUCAGAAAAUUCACACAAAUGACAACGGAGCAGACAUGUUGACAAAAACUUUACUAAAAGAAAGACAGGAGAUUUGCCGACAACUGGUCGGCAUGGCUUCACAUUGAGGAGUCAUGGGACAACCUCCCUUAUGGGCUGAAGGGGGAGGUUGUUGGGCUGGCAGCCCACAGAUUCAGCCCAUAGUGGACUUGGGCAGCCUACAGCCCACACCCCCUCUUGACCUAACCCUAAUUAACAUUAGGGGAGUGUGGUGGCUGUGUUUUUGGAGGCAAAAAAAGGCAUAAAUAGGGCAGCAACGUGGGAGAAAAAGAGAUAGCCACGGGAUUCCAAAGAAAAGGAGGAAACCAAGGCAGAAAAGGAAGAGAAAGAAAGGGAAGAAGACAAGGACAACGUAGAGAGGUUGUUCUCAAUCAUCUAGCACUG